AUGGGCUCGUCAACGACGCAGACACCAGUUCUUAUUGCAGGAGGGGGUCCCACUGGUCUCUUUCUGGCGUUACGCCUUGCCCGGGCGGGGAUCCGGACGGUGGUGUUUGAGCAAGACACCGAGCUCUAUCCCACGCCUCGUGCAUUGGGGUAUUUUGGCCCGUCACAGUUCGCUCUUCAAAACGCAGGGAUCUGGGAAGAAGUUCGAGACAAAGGCUACCUGCUCAGGGGCCUCUCGUGGAGGAAGACUACUCAGCAGAUAUCUCCAGACAUCCGAAGCUGGGGUCCUCUGAUUGCUUCUUGGGACCUGACCAAAGGAUCCGCCUCGAAGGAGGGUGAAUGUGGUUACGGCAUGACGAUCCUCGGACAACAUCGGUUGAGGGAGAUCAUCCUGGCCAAUCUAACCGCCUCGGGGCUUUCCCACAUCUAUUUCGGUCACAAAGUUAUCGGUGUUGGCCAGGACCAAAAUUCGGAAAAUGUGAAUGUGACGGUCCUCGACGAGCAAGGUGGCCAGCGUUCCUUUGAGGGAUCAUAUCUGGUGGCGGCCGAUGGAGGAAAGUCCACAGUACGCAAACUGCUCGGCUUGUCCCUUGACGGAAUCACUUGGCCUCAGGUUCUAGUGGCGACGGACACUUGGGUCGACCUUCCAAUGCCCGACGAUGGCCCUCCAUUUGCGUAUAUUGUUGAUCCAGUGGACUGGGCUCUGUUUAGCCCCAUACAACGGCCGUCUGAGCAUGGACCCAGCUACUAUCGCAUCACUGUGGCCAUGUCUCACGAGCAGUGUGAACCAGACGUUCUCGACCAGAAUCUGAGACAGAAACUGGAAAGGUUGAUUCCUGGCCCGCGACCAGCCAAGUAUGAGGUGAUACGGUCGCAGAGGUACGAGACUCAUCAGCGAGUUGUCCCAUCCAUGCUCUCUGGGAGAUGUAUGCUGAUCGGUGAUGCGGCGCACCUGAACAAUCCCUGGGGAGGACUGGGUCUCAGCACGGGCCUGCUUGACGCGGACUCCCUGGCCGACGCCCUAACACACGUCCUGAGUCAAGGUGUAUCGACAUCAAUACUUCGACGCUGGGCCGAUGCGCGAAGAGAAGUGUUUCUGAAACUCGUCAGCCCGAUUUCUUCGGCAAACAAGCUUCGCUGUCAUGAGACAGAUCCAGACAAUCCCAACUCCGAUCCUUUCUUUGAGAUGCUCAGAAAGGAGGAUAACGAGCAGGAAUUGGCGGCUUUGAUGUCGGACAUGUCAGAAAUGGCUACCGAUGUGUCGCAGCUCAUAGAAGUUCAAAGCCUGCGAUCAAACCGCUCUCACAGUCGAGCUGUUGCACUGUCCACGAUGCUCUGUGAAAUCUGCGACCAGAUCCCAUUCGGAGAGUUACCAUCAGAAGAGCAAGAUGCUUUACCGCAUCAUGCUAGCCUCGACGCAUUAGAAGCCUCUAAAGAGUCAUGCGCGAUAUGCAGGCUCAUCUGGUGGGCGGCAGGCUGCUCCUUGGUGGAUAUUGGUGGAAUGGUGGCAUUCAGACCUGGCGUGGAAUACCCUUCGGGCCGCAGAAUCAUGACACGAGAGACCGAGAGCAAUUAUAGCUCCCUAGGAAGUUUACGUGCCAUGGAGAAUGGCGCAUCCAUGUUUGACAAUUCCGACCCAGAACCUGACCUUCGCAAACCAGCCUUUCUGGAUCCUCGACAGCGCUUUCCGGCUGAGGAGGAGAGCAGUGGCAAGAUUCGACCAUGGCUCUUUGGCAGCUGGUACAUGUCCCCCUUCACAGAUCGACCGCUUCAGUUGAUAGGCCUCGGUGUGAGGCUGGGUACAGGACCUAGUGUGGAAGAAGCUGAAGGCAAUAGUAACGAGGAUGUUCGCAUGAGAGGGACAUUCCUCAGGAUCCGUACAGACGACGAUGCCGACCUAGCUAUAACAGUCCCAGGCAGGCUUCGAACGAAUCAUCAAGGUUCUGCGAUCGCGCUGCAGCGAAUUAAGAAAUGGUUGAAAGAUUGCAAUGACGGCCACGACUGCAAUCGAAGUCAUUCCUGUUCAGACAAACCUUCGUCACCACCAUUACCGACUCGAGUCGUCGACGUCAAUGGUCCAGGAGAUACUAUUCGGCUCGUGGAGACCAAUGGCCGACACGGACACUACGUAGCCCUCAGCCAUUGCUGGGGGCUCUCGCACCGCAUUACAACAACAAAGAAGACAUACGCAGACAAUUGCAAAGGUAUCUCGCUCGAUGGACUACCGGCAACUUUUCAACAAGCUGUCACCAUUACUCGCGAGCUUGGGGUUCCUUUUCUGUGGAUUGAUUCCCUAUGCAUCAUACAGGAUGACGAUUUUGACUGGGAAAUGGAGGCUUCCAGGAUGGGCAUUGUCUACUUUGCUUCUUACCUGACACUGUCAGCUAUGAGCUCAGCAGAUGACUCCUCUGGCUGCUUUCGCGAUGGGUCGAAGCCAAUGGAAGUGACGUACUCCAGACCAUACAUCUCCGUCGAUACUCUGUCCACAGGAAGACGAUGCAUACCGCUCGCGGCGCCUCUGGUGGUAGACUAUACAGGUGAUGGGGUUGUCUGCAGGACAUUCAAUAACAUGUUCGGCAUGCGUGGCACCCAGAAAUCUCGGGUGUACAUCACUCCGGAGUGGAUGCCAUCAUCUCUGAAACAGAAACCAAGGAUAUAUGUUGUUGGAAGCUUUGGGGCAACGGUCCAGCCAUUGAAGCACGAGCCGUUGAACAAGCGCGGAUGGACACUUCAAGAGCGACUGCUUUCUCCGCGAACGUUGCACUUUGGAACCGAGGAGCUCUACUGGGAAUGCGAGCAAUAUGUGCUGGCCGAGGAUGGUGCCCUUUUGCGUAGAGAGUUUCCCACGUUAUCGAGGGUUGUCAAGUCAUUCCCAGGCUCGAAUUUCGUUGCUGACGGCUGCGUCUCCAAAUCCGGAUCGGACGACAAGGAAAACAAUGCAUCCACCUGGCCCAACGUCUGGCUACGUCUGGUUGAAGAAUACACUUCUCGCAACCUGACACGAGACAACGACAAGCUGCCUGCUCUGUCAGGUAUCGCGAAUACUGUGGGCACUCUGACAGGGGACGAGUACCUCGCUGGUCUCUGGCGCAACGAUCUUCUCCAACACCUUUGCUGGUCAAUAGAGACGUUCGAGCCAACUCAUCAGUGUAGUGACCCAGCACACGAUGCGGCAAUGCCUCCCCCGACCAAGUCAGAGGUGAGGUAUCCGCCGAAAUAUCGCGCACCAUCUUGGUCUUGGGCCAGCCUGGACGGGAAGGUGAAUUUCCAUCCUCUCAAUAGAAAGAAUCUGAGGGCUCGGUGUAUCUGCGCACAUGUUGAUAUUGCGGGAAAAGAUCGAUACGGCAGGGUCAAGAAGGGCUGGAUCACGCUGGAGGCCCCGCUAUACCUCCUCCAAGCCGCCGAAUCGGAUGCAAAAUAUCGCAAACUCCACCCAAUGUCGACCGAAGUGGACAUUCUUGUUGCCGGCGACACCAAGGGAGCAGCAGUGCAUGGCCGCGGCUCCGCAACCUUUGACGACAAGCCUCAUUUCCCCAGUUUCGCCCUCAUGAUCGACGGUCAGCAAGGCCUAGUUCUCAAGGCUAGGGAGCUAUGGGAGUUUGUCAGGAUUGGGACAGUCAUGUAUGGGCCCAUGCAAAGAGGUGGAAGGGCCGCUGAUGGUAGUAACACUGUGGAGGAUAACGAGUCUGCCGAGCUUGUGAAUGGUGGAGGCUACUCGGCAGCGGAAAUCACUGCACUAUCGAUAGCAAAGGGGAUGGCGCAGAAGAUCACCAUCUAUUGA